CGCACACACAGAGGCUCUCUUCUCACACAGCCGUCCAAUCAGCGUUCCAGGUUGCUGACAGCUGGCCAAUGACAGAGCUCGCAUCAGGCUGAAAACUAUUCAACAUGGAGACAACAGUUGAAAAGCUUGAAGCGAUGUUCCUGAAGUCAGAGGCAGACCUGGAGUACAUUGAGAAGCGGCUGAAGCUGGAUUUCAUUAACAGCACUGCAGAGAAUGGAUGUCCUGCUGAGGAGAACCCAGCGGUGAUGCUGGAGAAUCUGAGGGCCAUCAAGGCCAAACACACAGCACUGUGCUCUCAGGUAAAGGAGAUCGCAGCUGCACAGAAAGAAUCCAUGGACUCCAUCAGGAACAACCUCAGCAGCGUCAUGGACGUGAUCCAACACUUCCAACAAACGACUGAUGUGGAGGUGCCUCCUGCUAUAGCAGCUGGUAGCCAACAGCAGCCACUGAGCUGUGAGUGUGAUAACGUGGAGCUAAGUGAGGCGAUGUUUGAGGCGGUUCCUCUCAGCGUACGCUCCAACAUUAAGCUGGCUGACCUCAAUGUGUUCUACCAGCAGCUGCAGCAGCACCUCAGCAAGGACAACAGCAGCUUCCUUAGUGUGCAGAAGAUGAAGCAGUUGAAGAUGAAGGUGAGUGACGCCAAGCUGAAGGUCCUGCAGCACCUCUCUUUAGUGGCACUGGACAGGAAGGGCCACGUUCGACUCGUGAUGUGAGGUGAAUGAACCCGGAGACUGUCGACAGUGUGUGCUGGGUUUGGCUGAUCCUCCACACGACCCAGAGUACGGAGGGUGAAUUAGCUGAAGGAUCACACUGCAGAGGCUCUAGGAGGGCACAGCCAGACACACGCACGCCACCAGAUGUUUGUGGACAUCAGUCACAUUUCAGUCAGUUCAGAUGCUGUUACAGUUUCCAUCCACAAAUUGGAACGCUAUUUUUCCUCCUCUUCCAGGUCACAGUUGUCUAUUUGAACUUUUCUGUCUGUCACCUGCCUGUCCUUCACUGCCAUCCCAACAUGCUCCCUCAUUCAUUUCCCUCUGCUUCAUUAACCCUGAGCCAUUAUUAAAGCUGCAGUGGGUAACUUUUCUAAAAUAAUUAUUUGUCAGUGUUGUCACAGGGUCCUGCAGAUUACCCAUACAUCACUGCAGAAAGGGGAGAGGUCAACAAAGAGAUUUUCAUAGGAUAAAUUGAGAAAGUGGAGCCGCACUGUGUGUAUUUUAUCGCUGUACACUUGACUGAUCUCAGCAGAACUACAGCAACACUGACAGUGGGUCUGGACUGGUCCCACAUUGACACAUAUAUAUGCCAUAAUAGGAACAGCUGAUAUGAGAGUGGUCGCUCUCACAUGUGAGCCUCCCAUAUCCAAGUCCUAUUCUCUGUCAUCUGCUCAUUUCUAAUGUAAAUACUGUAAUAAUGUAAUACUUUAGAUGGAAAAAAGUGUGUUGUUCAUUCCUGACAUGGUCUAGGUAAAAUGCCCUUUGUUUGCCCUCAGUGUUUGUAUGCAGGGCUGGGUAUGAACCUCAGUACUUUGUUGGUAAUGACGAAAAUGUAUUCUUAGAUAUAAGUAUGGAAAACUGUAAAAGACUGAAAGGUCCAUCAAAGGUCUGCUCAGACUCAUCAUCCUAUGUCCUUCUUCUUUGAUCCAAUAUUUGGAGAAAAUAAAAUCUAAUUUAAAGUUUUA